CGCAAGGCCUAUUUUACCAUUCAAAUGCGAAAUCUCCUGAAUGACUUUUCAAAUUGCCCGUUGCUACGGCCGGACAUUAAAAACUACCAGGCGGGAAAAGAAAAGUUCCAGGCGGGGAAAGAAAAAUUCCAGCAGGGCCUUUUCUAGUCACACCGAUAGCUCGCGAUAUCUCGCGAGAUGCCAGGUGCCCAACAACGAGCGUGCGACCGAUGCGCAGAGCUGAAAGUCCAAUGCUCCGAGGACGCCCCAUGCGCACGCUGUCGUCGUCUGUCCCUUCAAUGUACUCGCAAUCGCCCCGUGCGAGCGAGGGGACGACCACGCAAGCACGUCUCUCCAGCCCACGCUGGUCAUCAACUCAGUCCAGUGUGCAACAGUCCGACGGCCACCAGCUCCGAGGUCGAUGGUCACUUGGAUGUUCAGGACGCGCCGUGCUCGUCAACUCUGAGCACUGUUGACGACGCCUUGGCUGUGUCCCCACGAGAUGUCUUUGCUCUGGUUUACCGCAUCGGCAUACUGAGCGCAUUCAGACAGAAUGAGUACGAGUCUUUGAUUGCAAGCGUCGAUGGUAGUUUUCUUGCCAAUGAUGCGAUGCACGCUACGCUCCUUGUCUGCGCUGCCCUUUUGUGUCAAUCAGUCGAAGAUGACCAAACAUACCCAGAACAGAGUCGUGCUCGGGCCCUUGCGGACAUUGCUGCCCUCCUCGCAGAGAGCCGUCCAGUUCAUCGUACCGAUGUAUACUGCCUGUAUCUCCUUGCUAAUCUUUGUUACUUGCACGAACAGAGCACUGCGAUGGCCCUUCGCUGGACUACACUCGCAAAUUGCUUCUUCUCUAUCAAUGUCUCGUGUCCCAUGACGCAACCUCUCAUCUCAAAUGAGGUUGAUAGAAGGCUUGCGAGCCUCCUAAGCAUCGAUAACAAUGUCCAAAUGCUUCUGUACAAUCGAUCAUGUUCAGAGUCCUUCACUCGGCAUGGAACAGAACUAUUUCAGCCGCAGCUGUCAGAUCAUGACUGGCAUAAUACCAUUCCGGGCACCGCGGAAGGCGUCAUUUUUCCACAUACCUUAGAAGGGUUCUUCGAGUUGUUUCUGCCCCUUCAAAACUCUUUCAAGGGGGCUCUGUCCUACCCGACUUACGACAGUUCCUCUUACAAAGCUAUCGUAGACGAACUGGAACAGUACUUUAUACAGUUUCCCAACCGUAUCGCUGAUUUUCAAAACGUAUCCUUACUUUGGCAAUUCGAAGCCAUGAUUUGGUUCCACGGAAUACAUAUACUUCUCAAUGCACGGGCGGAUUUUCUUGAGUUAUUGCUGGAUUCCGCUUUCACGGGCAGUCCGACAUACACCAACGCUGCAGACCACGCUCUCCUCAUGGGCGAUAUUCUGAAAGCUCUCCUAGCAUCCCUGGCUUUUGUGCCUCAGCAACUGAAUCAUGCCACAAUAUUUUUCAUUGCACUUUCUUCAGCAAUGCACGCGUCGCUACUCUCAGCCGUUCUUCUCGAAGGAUUGUCCACUCCUGAAGUUCUUCUCCAGAGUGCUAUAGCGCAUUACGAUAUAUUAGAAGCAAUCCUUCGGCAUAGUCGGUCUUGUGACCAUCCCUUGAUAAUAAUUGUAUCCAAGAUUCUGGCCCUCAAUAUCAGUCGAGCAGGCGGGUCCUCUACAGACUAUGAGUCGGACCUUGGUGGAUUUCUGCAAGGUUGGAAGUAUUACAGAUGGAUUGCAGGGGGCCACGGAUUGAACAAGAUUGACGAAGGACUAGCGGAUGAACUUUUAAGCAGCACCAUGCAAAGGUUUCGUUACGAUCUUACUGUGUCAAGAUUGUCACCAUCCCUAAUCUCGCUGUUUGACCCAGACCAACGAAUUUGCCGCCCUGGUACUUUUGACUUGAGCAUUUUAUAUUGAGGAUUGAUAUAUAUUCUUCACUCUCUGGUUCGGUCACAAAUAUAUAAGCACAUUACUUCAAGCCGCGGGAGAAUUCCCACAGCAUCGUUGACGUCUGGUGCUGGUACACCGAGGAUGAUGUAACUACCACAUUUAGUUGAUAACGACGCCUUCGUGCCUGAGCCAUG